AUCAAUCCAACUGCUCCGUCUAACCGAAGCUCGCAAAGCACGUCAAGGUAGUCCACUUGAACAAACAUCUCCCCUCAACCACAAUGGCGUCCCGCUUGGCCAGAACUGCUCUCGGGGCUGCCCGCACCCGGCCCUCAACCGCCUUUGCCCAGCGCACCGCACUCCCGGCCCUGACUUCGCUCACGACCGCCCGCGCCUCGUCCAACGUGCCGACCCAGGACCCCAAGACCAAGGCUCAGUCGCUCAUUGACUCGCUGCCCGGCAACUCGCUGGUCUCCAAGACGGCCAUCCUGUCGUCGGCCGCCGGUCUUUCCAUCUUUGCAAUCUCCAACGAAUUCUACGUCGUCAAUGAGGAGACCGUCGUCGCCUUCUGCCUCCUCAGCGUCUGGGGUGCGCUCAUCAAGUUCGGUGGCCCCAUGUACAGCCAGUGGGCCGAGGGCCAGUCCAACAAGAUCAAGGACAUCCUGAACGCCGCCCGUGCGGACCACACCCAGGCUGUCAAGAACCGCAUCGAGAACGUCCAGCAGAUGUCUGGUGUUAUCGACAUUACCAAGUCGCUGUUUGCCGUCUCCAAGGAGACCGCCAAGCUCGAGGCCGAGGCUUUCGAGCUCGAGCAGAAGACCGCUCUGGCUGCUGAGGCCAAGACCGUUCUGGACUCAUGGGUCCGCUACGAGAGCCAGAUCAAGCAGCGCCAGCAGAAGGAGCUUGCCGAGAACAUCAUCGCCAAGGUCCAGAAGGAGCUGGAGAACCCCAAGGUCCUCCAGCAGAUCCUCCAGCAGAGCAUUGCUGACGUUGAGAAGAUUGUCUCGUCCAAGGCGCAAUAGACAGACCGCGAAACGAUAGAAGCCAGCAUUUUGUUCCCUUUGUAAUCGCCCGUGUCGAUAAAACCUUGUGCUAUAGUCAAUCAAAUUCUUCGUCUUACUCUGGAGUCCAUCCGGCAUGCACGACCUGUUAUUAGGGAAGAUCUUGCAGUUAAUUUCACGCUUCAUUAAUUACCCCGGAUCGGCGUAGUUUCAACUGUCCUAGCCGGAGAUGACAUGUAGAGACCACUCGGUACAGAUUACACCUAGCUAGCUAACCACAACAGAUUUCCGG